UUUAAUUUGCCAAUACAACCGCGCAGUUUGGGGUUGAUCGCUUUUCAAUACCGUUUUCAGGAGUGCUACAAAAUGUCUCAUCUCGUGGCUUUCAGCGCACGGGAUCCUGCAUCCAAUCAACUUUUGGAUUGGUCUAAGAAGCAUGAGGAUGAAAAUCGAAGCAUGACAACCGACGCAGGAAACCCAAUAGCGAUGAAGACGGCCAGUGAGACAGUGGGUUUCCACGGUCCAACACUUCUGCAGGACUGGGUCCUCGUGAAUGAGCUUUCCCAUUUUAGCCGAGAAAGAAUACCGGAAAGGGUAGUACACGCUAAAGGAGCGGCCGCAUUUGGUUACUUCGAGGUUACCCACGAUAUUACGCAGUAUACGGCUGCCAAGGUUUUUUCCGAAAUUGGCAAAAGGACGCCAAUUGCGGUGAGAUAUUCUCAAGUAGCUGGCGAGAAAGGUUACGCAGACACGUACAGAGACCUAAGAGGUUUUGCAAUUAAGUUCUAUACAGAAGAUGGUAUUUGGGACCUUGUGGGAAACAAUAGCCCGAUAUUUUUUGUGAAUGACGCUGCGAACUUUCCCAGUUUCAUUCAUGCCCUUAAAAGGAAUCCCGUGACCAAUAUCCGACCCGAUUACGACGCGUUUUUUGAUUUCGUUUCUUUGAGAACCGAGAGCGCCCAUCAGACCAUCCAACUGUUUACAGACAGAGGCAUACCAGCAAGUUAUAGGCGAAUGCACGGCUAUGGCGCAAAUACAUUUUCGUUUAUAAAUAGUGAUGGCAAAUUUUUCUACUGCAAGUUCCACUACUUGACUAAUCAGGGAAUAGCCAAUUUAACGCAAAGCGUAGCGGAUAAGUUGGCGGGAGAACAACCGGACUUCUUAGUCAGAGAUUUGUAUAAUGCCAUUGCCGGCGGUGAUUACCCGUCAUGGUCAUUUUACGUUCAAAUUAUGACUCCAGAACAGGCUGCAAAAAAUCCGUACGACCCAUUCGACAAUUCCAAAGUUUGGUUGCACGGCGAUUAUCCUUUAAUUCCGGUUGGAAGGUUCGUUCUCAACAAGAAUCCUAGCAAUUACUUUGCGGAGGUGGAACAGCUAGCUUUCGAUGUAUCUCAUUUGAUUCCAGGAAUCGAUAUAUCUCCCGAUAGAAUGUUGCAAGGUCGUGUUUAUAACUACGGCGACACCCAGCGCUACCGCUUGGGUAUUAACGGCAACCAGUUACCCGUGAAUAGCCCUUUCAGGAUGGCAAAUUACGAGAGAGACGGCAAAACAACCCUGAACAGUCAAGGAGGGGCUCCGAACUAUUUCCCCAACAGUUUCAGGGGACCGGAGAAUGACAAGCGCGCUCAAGCUUUGUAUCCCACAAUACCUUUGGUUGGGAGCACCCAGAGAACAGAUAACGGAUUGACUGAUAAUUACACUCAAGGAAGACUCUUGUGGCAAAAAGUUCUUAAAGAUGAUGAACGUGAAAGAACUAUCCAAAAUGCUUUAGCAUGGUUGAGACAAACCAACAGCGUCAUAGCUGAACGUACGAUCACCAACAUUUUCGAAAAGACCGACCAAGAAUUAGGAAGAAGAUUACGAGAGGGAUUAAAAACUCCGCAAAUUUUGGAUACACAUGUCGCGUUGUAAAACUUUGUCACUUAGUGCAUUGACUUAGAUGCUAUGAAAUGUUUUAUAAUGAACUGAAUGAAUUAUAUGUUAAUUCGUUUAUUAAAAAUUGUUGCAUGAGAAUACGAAGUCCUAUUAUUCUAUACUUAAAGAAGGUUAAAAGUAAAGUUUAGGAGCAUAACACCAUCAAUGCGCCAUUUUCUUCUGUACUGUGUAUCCUGUGUAUUGUUGUCUAGUUUGCAUGGCUUCUUUUACGAUCUGUGUCCAUGUACCUUCCUUCACCCGGUUCAGACGCCCUAUCAUUUCAAUCCAUUUUUCUCCACUCCACUUAUUGUAUUGCUUGAGAUAUUUUGCAGUCGUGAGAUUCUACAACUCGGAAGUAUCGCAUCCAUUUCUAAGGCCUGUAAUUUAUUGCUUUAUUUUUUUGAGAGGUCCCAUGUUACUGUUGGAUCGGGGUAUUAUUUUCUUUGUGGAGUUUUGCAAGCUCCUGGCCACCAUAUACCAUUUGGCUUCAUAUUCUUUAAGCUUUCAUAUUAUUCUUUGACCAAUUUAUUUAGCACUAGCUGACCCAGCAGACUUCGUACUGCCUCAAUCGAUAAAUAAAAGACCUAAACUUUUGUAUAAAAUAAUCUUAAAAGAACAAAAUGAAUCCGUAAAGUUAGGUAUACACCUAUAUUUCUUAGACAACACUGAG